GAAUCAACAACGUGAACGGCGAUAAUCAUAUUUAGCAAUGGAGGACCUGAAAACGAAAAGCAUCCACCAUCAGACCGUCAAAAUAUGCGACGAUCUGAAAAAUUCGUCGUCGUACCAGCACAUUUUCGCAGACAUCCAAAGGUUGGCAUCCGACCCGACGGUAAAAGCGGACGACUUCAAAAAUACCCUGCUGAAGUCAAUGCAAGACAGCGGCCUCGAGGCCCGAUUGAAGAACGACAUCUACAGAUGGUUGAAGAUGAGAAGGAGGGAGAGCUAUCCUCAUGAGGCGUUCUUCAGGAAAGCGCAGAUCCACUGGGACAAGAGGGUCCACAAGUCCCUCAAUUCAAUGUCCAACGAGCUCGGCGUGAGCCUGGCGAAACCGAGAGGCACCAACGAGAGAGAAGAGAUAGCCACCAAAUGGAACGAACUGAACAAUUUCGAGGUGGAUAUACACAAGUACCGACCUGUCUACGCACCCAAAGAUUUUUUGGAGGUGUUGUUAAACCUAAAGGGACCUUUCAAAGAUAAACCAAAAAGCGACUUACAGCAGUGGGAAUUCGUCCAGAUCCCUUUGAAAGUGAAAAAUCUCGCCGAACUGAGAAAUGUUUUCGUCGAGAUCGCGAGAGGGGAGCCGAUUCUGAACCCCAGCACUUUGUCGAGCUACGAAACGGAAAGGGUGAUACUGGGCGAGAAAAUCUUGUCGAAGAACUACGCGCCCUUGGCCCAGGAGUACCUGAAAAAGGGCUGUCCCCGUUCGCUGAGAGCGAAGCUAUGGGUACUGUUGCUCGGUGCUGAAGUGAAACUCUCGCACAAGGUCCAUUUCGAAAGUUUGAAGGAGAACGUGUUGCAAUACGACUUGCUUACCGACAAACUAAUCAUCAAGGAUAUCAACCUCACCGCAUCUAAUGACGAUCAAUAUUUCGUGUUCGAGGAUGUUUUGUAUCAGGUGAUGUUGUGCUUUUCGAGGGAUGGUGACGUCCUGAAAAGCCUAACGGCCCAGCCGGCUUUCAUGCAGGUGGUGCUGAAGGGGAAACCGAACGUCCCCGAGAAUACCACGGUGUUCCCUCCCAGUGGGGUGAUCCCCUUUCACGGGUUCACCAUGUACGCCGCGCCGUUUUGUUAUCUGUUCGACAAUCCCGUGGACCUCUACUACGUGUUCAGGGCCUUUUAUUUAAGGUACUGGCACCGGCUGCACAGGGUCUGCUCUCACCCCCAAGGUGUCGUGUCCCUGUGCUUGCUGUACGAGAAGUUGCUGCAGUGUUACGAGCCGUCAUUGUGGAACCACUUGAAAAAGUGCCGGAUACAUCCGUUGCGAAUCGUGAUCAAGUGGAUAAUGAGGGCGUUCAGCGGCCAUUUGCCGCCCGAGCAACUACUCACGCUCUGGGAUAUGAUCUUGGCCUACGACUCUCUCGAGAUCGUGCCAUUGCUGGCCGUGGUGAUCGUGAUAUUCCGCAAAGAUAACCUGAUGAAGGUGAACACGCUGCAAAACGCGGAAGCAGUGUUGGCAGACCUGUCGUCGAUCUCGGUGGUGCCACUGCUGCAGAUGGCGCUGAUGAAAGAGUGUUGA